AUGGGAAAAGCCGGCCGUGUCGCGUGUAUCUUCACGCCCUAUGUGCUUACGAUCGCCUCGCUGAUCUGUAUUAUCAUGGUCGGCCUGGGCUGUACCAAGUCCAGCUCUGACACCUUGAACAAUCUUUACUUCAUGCGAAUCAACGUCCAAAAUAUCAGCAGCGAAGGAUCUCACACAGUAACCGAAGUUGAAAACAUUCUUGAACAAUACGGAAUCACGAGCGUUACCGCUCAGGACGUCUCCGAUGUCCUCGGCAAACUCCAGGAUGAUAGCACCCUAGCGGACUUCUACCAGAUCGGCCUCUGGGGCUACUGCGAUGGUGACAUCAACAACAACAAGACAAACGUGACGGAGUGCUCAAAGCCCAAGAGCGAGUUCUACUUCAACCCCUUCGCGGUCUGGGGCCUGGACUCCUCUGAUAUUGAGGGCGAGUUGCCCAGCGACUACAAAAAGGUCAUGAACAUCUACAAGACAGUCUCCAAGUGGAUGUUCAUCGCCUACAUAAUCGCCUUCAGCGUCACCGUCGCCGAGAUUGUGGUUGGGUUCUUCGCUAUCUGCAGCCGCUGGGGCAGCUGUGUCACCACUCUCUUUGCGCUCCUUGCCUUCCUCUUCACCACCGCUGCCUCGAUUACCUCGACCGUCCUCUUCUCCAUCUUCAAGUCUUCCCUGGGCACAACUCUCAAGGCCUACGGAAUUAGCCUGUCGUUGGGCAAGAAUAUGUUCGCUGCUACCUGGUUGGCCGUCGCUUUCUCCCUCGCCGCUUUGAUUUUCUGGACCUUCAGCGUUUGCUGCUGCUCCGGUCGCUCGCCGUACGGCCACCGCAACAAUGGUCCUCGCGGCAUCACUGCCGAAAAGGCCCCCUACACUUACGAGCCUCUUGGAGCUGGCCAAGUCCCCUACGGCCAACAGCAACACACCUCGUACCCACCUCCCGCUGCUCACGGCGGCGAUUACCCCAUGACCAACACCAACCAGCGAUCGAACGCGUACGAGCCCUUCCGCCACUCCUAA